GCCACUGAAGCCUUUGGAAGAAGUGAGGAGUGAGGAGCUAGGUGGGUUUGUGCUUUGAUGGUGGGAGCCAAUAAAACUGCAUCUGGUCCAUCUGUUUUCUCAAUGAAGUGGCAGCCACGGUUUGAGGAGAGAGGAGAAGGUGGGAAGACCUUGCCAAUUCAGAGUGGGGUGCAUAGACCAGCAGCAACAGCAUCCCCUGGGGGCUGGUUAGAUGUGCAGAAUCUCAGGCCUCACCAAGAUCCCUAGGAGACGCACAAGCAAAUUAAAGUUUGAGAAUCACUGCUCGGAGAGUGGGGAAAAGCAACUGACAGGCAUACUUGGGUUGCAGGGCGGCAGUGAGUGCCCCGUUGAGACCAUGAAGGGAAAUUCCCAGCCAGGUGUGGGACCCUCAGACCAGUGCUAGCUUGUGCAGCGCAGGCAGAGAGAAGGUGAUAGCUGGCAUUUUGCCAGGCAGGUACUCCAACAGGAAAGUUGGGCCUAGCAGUGGGGAGUGGUUUCCAGGGAGCGGCCAUGGUGAUGGUAUGCGGAGCCCAAACAGGGCACAGUGGACAGUCGUGGCAGAAGGAGGCUGAUGGGCAGUGAGAAAGUGAUGGGGACAGUCGGCUGGUGGCCUCAAUGGGAUCAAAUAGCUGUCGUUUCUGGGUACCAGAUGAAGAGGAUGGAAGGGGGAACCAGAGGGAGAUGAUCAAAACAGAUCUCAGAGCGGGUGGGGUUGGGAUAAUUACAAGGCUUGGGGGUGAGCCUCAGAGGCUGAAGGGAGCAGAGAGGGUUAAGGUGACAAAAAAGGCCAGAGAAUCGAGAGGCAUGCUGCAGACUGCCUGAUAUCUCCUCUGUCCUCCCCUCUAAUGAUGGUGGUGUGGCCUGCGCAUCAGGACUUGUGAAAGCUCCCCAGUAGAUUAUAACGUGCAGCAGAGUUUGAGAACCACGGGUGCGGUCAAGGAGACCCAGGCUCUGAUAGAAAGAAAGUGACACAGAAGAGCAACCAGAAAGUUCCUUGGGGCUUGCAUUGCAAGUGGAGCCUGACCAGGGAAAGGGGCAGUUGGGUAGGGGCCGCAUGUCCUGGGUUGUAGAUGAGGAGAUGGAGAUGUCGUGGUCUUCCCCUGGAGAACUGGAUAGUAAGUCUGUGUGUGCGCGCGCGCGCGUGCGUGCAUGUGUGUGAGACAGAGACCGAGAGAGCGGACCGAGCGAGGCCAGCGCCCCGUUAGCCCGUCUUCUGUCCUGCACUGUUGCAGACCGGCCACUAGAGGGAGCGCCGCGCCCGCACAUUGCGGGGACGGCCCAGCAGGUUCCAGGGGUGAGGCUUCGGCCUCUUUUUCGGACAGUUUCUGUGUUCAAAGUUCAGAUUCUGCAGCCACGUAUCCCUGGGUUUCACUCCAGGUCCCACUACUUACAGGCUGUGUGAUUUUGGCCAGUUACCCGACCACUCUGACCCAGUUUCGUCCGCGGUACAGUGGGCACAGCGUUAGUUCUAAGCUGAGGUGGUUCGGAGGAUGAAUGAGGUCACGCGGGUGAAGCACUGCGCCACACUGGGGAAUGGCUAACACGACCUGACAGUGGAGGAGGGUUCGCCCCCGCCUCUGUAUGUCUCUGCUUCUCCUGCAGCCCCUCAGCCCUGCCCAGCCCAGAUCCAGGGUGAGAAACGGAGUGGGAGGAAGCAGAGGCUGGGUUGGGGGCGGCCUCUAGGCCAGGGACACUCCUGGGCUCCUCCCUUUCCUGCUCAGUCUUGCUGAUUGUUUGUUUUGUUUUCAAACCUCACCCUGUGGCUCGUUCCUGGCCAUGGUCUCGUCCUUCUUACCCCAGACCUUCCCCUGCUCCUCCAGGUGCCCAGGGAACCAGCAGCUGCCCUUGCCUGGCAACCACACCAUCCCUGGAGCCCAUGGGAUGCCUGGGGCCCAAGGGCUCAGCGUGGGUGCUCCAUCCCAGCCAUCUUCCUAACUGCCCCCGCUCCUUCCUGGCUCCUGCCCAAACCAACCAAGAGCUGACCUAUGAGGCCACACCCCAGGGGAUGUCUGCAUUUCCAGGGAGAAGAUGAGCGUGGGCUGCCCAGAGCCCGAGCCGCCCCACUCCCUGCCCUGCUGUGGGCCAGGGACUGCCCCUGGGCUGGGUGCAGGUGUGCCCCUCCUCACUGAAGACAUGCAAGCGCUGACCCUCCGCACACUGGCCGCAAGCGACGUCACCAAGCACUACGAACUCGUCCGGGAGCUGGGCAAGGGCACCUAUGGGAAGGUUGACCUGGUAGCCUACAAGGGCACAGGCACAAAGAUGGCACUGAAGUUUGUGAACAAGAGCAAAACUAAGCUGAAGAACUUCCUACGGGAGGUGAGCAUCACCAACAGCCUCUCCUCCAGCCCCUUCAUUAUCAAGGUCUUCGACGUAGUAUUUGAGACCGAGGACUGCUACGUCUUUGCUCAGGAGUACGCGCCUGCCGGGGACCUGUUUGACAUCAUUCCUCCUCAGGUGGGGCUCCCGGAGGACACGGUGAAGCGCUGCGUGCAGCAGCUGGGCCUGGCGCUGGACUUCAUGCACGGCCGGCAGCUGGUGCAUCGCGACAUCAAGCCCGAGAACGUGCUUCUGUUCGACCGCGAGUGCCGCCGCGUGAAGCUGGCCGACUUCGGCAUGACGCGCCGCGUGGGCUGCCGCGUGAAGCGGGUCAGCGGCACCAUCCCGUACACGGCGCCCGAGGUGUGCCAGGCGGGCCGCGCCGACGGCUUCGCGGUGGACACGGGCGUGGACGUGUGGGCCUUCGGUGUGCUCAUCUUCUGCGUGCUCACCGGCAACUUCCCGUGGGAGGCGGCCUCGGGCGCCGACGCCUUCUUCGAGGAGUUCGUGCGCUGGCAGCGGGGCCGCCUGCCGGGGCUGCCGUCGCAGUGGCGCCGCUUCACCGAGCCGGCGCUGCGCAUGUUCCAGCGGCUCCUGGCCCUGGAGCCCGAGCGCCGCGGGCCGGCCAAGGAGGUCUUCCGCUUCCUCAAGCACGAGCUCACGUCCGAGCUGCGGCGCCGGCCCUCGCACCGCGCGCGCAAGCCCGCCGGGGACCGCCCGCCGGCCGCCGGGCCGCUGCGCCUCGAGGCGCCCGGGCCGCUCAAGCGGACGGUGCUGACCGAGAGCGGCAGCGGCUCCCGGCCCGCGGCCCCCGCCGUCGGCCCCGGGUCCGGGCCCGCGCCUGCGCCCGUCCCUGUGCCGGUCCCCGUGCCCGAGCCCGGCCUGGCUCCCCCGGGGCCCCCCGGCAGGACCGACGGCCGCCCGGACAAGAGCAAAGGGCAGGUGGUGCUGGCCACGGCCAUCGAGAUCUGCGUCUGAGCCGCCCCCGCCGCCCUCGGGCCCCGGGCGCCGUGCAGCAGCCAGGCCUGGGCGCAGGGAGCCGCCCUGGGCCGAACCGGCCAGCCCCCCGCGGCGGCAGGAGGGAGUAGUGGUAGACGCCCGGCCCGCGGCUGGUGAGAUCGCCACCAAAAGGAGCCAAGCCCCCCAGGCCCGAGGAUUCAGAGGCCCCCUGACACCAGGAGCAAGGGAGCUUGCCGGCAGACUCCCCACACCUCCCUGAACCCUGGAACCCUGACUAGUUGCUCCCGGCCCUUUGCACCCCCUGGCAGAUCAUCCUGCAGGCCCACCCCUGGUCCUGCCCUCCCGGCCUCCCCGCCCCCCACCCCCACCCUGGGCACGAAAAGGGGCUUAAGUGCUGGGGCAGAGGAGGGCUUUAGGGCCGCUGGGCACUGGCUGGGAGGAGGGCAAUAAGCUGAGAGCGGGGGCGUUGCUCAGCGGCCACCUGCCCCUUUCCUGGGAGGUUGGAGGGGAGGGACCAGGCCCCCUGCAAAAUGUAGCAAAUGUCUGGAGGCUGCAGAAGUGUGUAUGUGCAGACACAGGGCCGAACUCCCCACCACCCGGUCCCCAGAUGAGGACACUGAGCCCAAAAGGAGGGCAGCCAGCCGAGACCACACAGCCAGAGAGGUGGAGCUCUGGCUGCCCUCCCCUACCCCAUAGGGAUUUCAGGACAACUGAAGGGCUCCGGGGCCCCUACAUCCCUAGGCCAAGGGAGUGAGUGCAGAGCUCAGGGCCGGGCCCGCCUGCCCACCACACCUUCCCCAGGCCUGGGAAACCUCUCAGAUCCUUCUCAGUCCUCGCUGCCCCAGCCCAGACUCAGGGGCCUGGGCUUUUGGCAGGCGGCCAGGUGAUCUGUGCCAGGAAUUUCUCCUGGGUUUCUGCUGGGAUCUAACAUGUCAGCCUGGGGCUGACCCUAUCCCCAUGUCUCCCAAGUUUCUGGUACUGGGGUGUGGGUGUGAGAAUGGGAGGCCCUGGAAGUGGGAGGGGGUGAGUGUGUGAAUAGGUACGUGUGCAGUGUGAGUGCAUGCGGAGUGCACGUGUGCGUGUAGCCUCAUGUGUUCAGCGGCUGCAUCCAGACGCCUCAGUAACUCCACCCCAGCAUUCUCAGCGGGCAGCUGCCAGAGGGCAUCCAGGCCUGUGGUUCAGCACACCCCUCAGGGAACCCGGCAAGGAGGCACCUGCAGGUUGGUUCAGGACCCUAGGCAGCAAAACAGAGCAGAGGGACCCAGCGUCACCCAGCACGACUCCACGACCCCCGCCCCCGCCGGAGGCCUGGACCCGCAAUAACCUCAACAUGGGUGAGGCUGCUCCCCUGCCUGGCAGUGACCCAUCCACUGUUCCGGGCCACACCUUCCAGGGUUCCUCCUGGGGUUCUCGGCCAUUUGAGGGGGCUCCCUGACGGCUGACCAGAGGAGCCCCUCUGGCCUGAAGUCCCCACCUCUCCAUUCACCCUCAUUCCCACCGCGCAAAAGGGCUAUAGGUCCCCCUGCCCUGCCCGGGUCCAGUUUACAAACAGUGUGCGGUUGCCCCAGGGCCUGGCCCCCACCCCUCCUUGGUGUGCCCACCCCUCUUGAGACCCACCUCCCCAGCGGGCAUUGGGGCCCUCCACAUGCCAGGUAAGUAGCAAACCCCUCCUCCCACCAAGGGCCAAGUCUCAGAGAAGGCCCCCCCAUCACUGCCCCCGGCCCACCUGGAGCCCAUCUGGGCACCUCUCCCAGCCGCAACUUCUCCUUUUGCCUUAGGCCUCUUGACAUCCUGUCUCUCCUGCAAUAACAAGGAAGCGCGAUUCCAAGUAGACGCCCCUUGCGUGUGCCCUCUCUCUCUC